UAAGCAUUUAUUGAUUAUAUUUCAAACAGAUAAUCCACGACGAGGAACUGCUGCAAUAGAACCCAGAAAUGCAAAUACACAAACUGCACUGAGCACACACAGAGAAGCAUUCAAAGAAGAUGCAGAUUCAGCCACCGCCACCACCCUCUCAACGCACCUUCCACCACCACCACCACCACCACCCUCUUCUUCCUCUUCCAUCUUCUUCCCUCGGAAUCAAUUGCAAUUUCUCUUUCAAACCUUUUUUCCUAACUCCAACCAAACACCUCCCUAUUCUUCCUCUGCACUCCCAAUCUCACACCACUGUUGCUUCAGCUACAUCAGCAGCUACCGAUGAGUCUGUUUUGGACAGUGUCAGUGAGGGAAACAAGGAAUUAGGGUUCGUUGAUGUUGGCUAUGUAGCUGGUGUUCACGGUGUUCAAGGCGAGAUUCGUGUCAAGCCGGUUACCGAUUUUCCCCAACUACGAUUUUCCACUCCUGGGAAAAGAUGGUUGAAGCACAAGGCUUUGGGUGGAGAAACCGUUCGACAAAUUGAGCUCGAAGAAGGUAGGGAGCAUCCUGGCCAGAAGUGCUGGAUAGUCAGAUUCAAAGGAGUUCAUACAGUGGAGCAGGCUAAGUUGCUUGUUGGUUCCACCUUGGUUGUGACGGAAGAAGACAGGCCAGAACUAGAGGAGGGUGAAUUUUACACACAUGAUCUAAUUGGGAUGAGUGUUUUCAUUAAGGAAAAUGGAAAACUUUUGGGAACUGUUAUUAAUGUUUUCAAUAGUGGAGCCAAUGAUCUGCUACAAAUUUCACUUGAUUCAUCUUUUGAUAUGCUUGAUGAAAGUGGCGCAAGGUCAGCACAAAUACAAGCAUCUGAUCAGCUUGUUUUGGUACCUUUUGUUGAAGCAAUUGUUCCAGAUGUUGAUAUGAAAAGAAGAGAGAUGCAUAUUACCCCGCCCAAGGGACUCCUGGAAGUAAACUUACGAUUUGAUGAACGAUCCAAAAAAGAAAGGCGCCAACUUGAAUGGAAAGAAAGGAAAAAGUUUCAAAAGCGACUCAUAGCAGCCAAAAAGAAGCUCAGUGAGAUGGAGCAACAACAUGUAUUUCAUGGAUAUGGAUCUGGAGAGAAAGAACAGUGGAGCUUGCUUAGUAAUCAGAUUGUUGGUGUAAACUCCAAAUUGCUUCUGGAGGCUUUACAAAGUCUUGAAAAACCAGCUAAGAGAUGGAAUGCACCUGAGUUGUCCAGUGCCGUAGAAGCAAAGCUACAAAUAUCAGAGGAAUCUUUCUUAACUGGAAGCAAAGACAAGUUGGUUAGACAUAUCAAAAAGGAAGAGAAGGGACUUAAGCUAUUAUCUGAGGGAAAAAUGGCUAUUGUCUUGCUCUUGCAUGAGAAAGAGAAUCAUGGGUGUGUUUCGGACCCUCACAUUGAUCAGAAUGAAGCAACUGACAAUUCAUCACUACACGUGCUUCAAAAGUUACUCAGUGAUCAUGAAAAAAUUGUAAAGGUCAAAGAUCGUGCCUCAGUGCCUUUGAUUUUGGUUUCCUCAGCUCAACAAAUUCAAUCUUUAAGAAAUCUGUUUACAAGCAAUAAUCACUUUGAAUUUGACUCUGAAAAGGUAUGGUUUUUGGAGGAAGAGAAGCUGCCAGUUGUUAGCAGUUUGCUGGAAGGGCAAAACAAAUACAAGAUUUUAAUGAAGUCACCUUGGGAAAUACUCGAAUCUCCUGUUGGAUCAGGAGGGUUGAUUAGUUUGUUUUCAAAACAUGGCAUUGCAGAUGAUCUUAUGAACAUGGGUGUUGAAUACAUUGAGUUAUGCUGCCCAAAUGAAAGAAUUUCUGGUGGAAACUCACUACUGCUUGGGUUGGUUAGUUCACGGACAGCCAAAAUUGGGAUACAAAUUUCACCUACAAUAGCUGAUCUAGAUGAAAAUUUUGACAUGAUAUUAUCGAUGGAUUUUGUAAAGAAGUUAACGAAGCAGAGCAACAAGCUCCAAUUUGAUGCAACCCCAAAGACAAAUUCCUAUGUUGAGAAAGUUGAUAAAGACUGGGUUACAGUCACCUCUACCACCCCCAACUCAUAUGAGCUCUCUUGUAGUAUAUAUAAUUCCUUAAACUUAUGUUCUUUAGAUCAGGUUUGUAUGGUGCAGGUUAGAGAGUAAUAUGACAAAUUGCAUUGAUUUAGUGAUGAAAUAGAACUUCAGAAUGUAUAUGAUGGAACGAAAGAGCAAAAGCCAAGAAAAAAGGAUAUGCAUAUAUAUGUGGGCUUAUCAUGUCCCUUUGAAGCUCAGGAAUUUUAGAUGUGGACAUGAGAUUCAACAACAUUGCAUGAGUGAAUAUUGCUAGUGGGCUGGAUAUGAAUUUCAGUCAUUGAUGUGUAACUUUGUUGUAAAUUAUAUAGAUAUAUAUUCUUUUUCAUAGUA